AUGGCGCUCUUUGCAAAGCUUGCGACUUAUCCUCCACUGGCCCAAGUCACGGUGGUUUCUCCUACACGAGACAAGUUCAACUUUACCGUUGUCCUCGAAUCAUCAAGAUCGUUGCCCGAAAGACCGUGGGAGGUUUCGAUCUGGUAUGACCACGGGAGUUACGCCGGGAACAAAUCGCCAUGGCAAGCCCUGGAUCUGAAGCUCGAGCACACCACUCCAGCGGUUCUUUAUGACGAUACGCAAGCCGACAACUACCGGUAUACCUUCUCUGGCGACCUCGACAGCCCUUUUGUGUCCUUUGGCCGGACCUACAAGGGCCGAAGAGUGCCUUUCACGGUCCGCUUCCGCGUCGAUCCAACCGCGGAAUGGUCGUGGGUGUACCACAACUUCGGCAUCAGAGAUGGCGAACUUAUUCUGCAGCCUCCUAUUGACCCUAAUUUCCUCGGCGCAUCCCCGGUGGAGGUCGAGGAAGGUUGGACAUUGCGAAAGACGCCAAGCGAUGCACCCGAAGCUCGAUUAUACACCAUCGAAUCAGCCCACCCGAUACCGACCCCGGACGCUGGAAAUGCGUCGCCAGAAUCACUUGUCCUUGGUCGUGUAACUCAAGUGUGUCGCUGGCUGGCCCUGGUCCGGAUCUGGGAGCCAUGGUUUGCCCCUAGGCACGGUGGAAAUCGACUUCACCUGUCUGAACCAGCAAUUCUACUCUCCUUCCUCCGCUCUGAUGGUCUGCAUGUCGUCCUGCUGGCGGUGAACGGCAUCGAUGAGGCCCUGACAGAGUUUACAUCCACCCACGACGGUGCAAUUGUGGUUCGGGCUAGGAAUGAUACAGGACGAGAUCGCAAGUACAAAAUCCUGGCGGCUUCUGCUUGGAACUUCGAGGUCGCAAAUGCCGCCGUCAUGUACGAGAUGCGCAAACUAGUCCGCCAGUCCAAAGCAUACCACCAAGCGCUAGAACAGCUAGAGCGAUUACCCAGAAGCAUCCGAUCAGAGUCUCUAGAUUCAGAUACGGUGCUUGUCAAUCACGAGAAGCAUCCCACCAACGAUCCAACAGUGACUCCGCAGUGGCUAGGUAGUUGGUAUGACAGCCUUGCCUAUUGUACCUGGAACUCUCUCGGCCAGGAUCUGAAUGCACAGAAGAUCAUGGACGGACUAGAUUCGCUGGCUCGACACAAGAUCUACAUCUCGACCUUGAUCAUUGACGACAACUGGCAAUCCCUCGAUGGCACGCAAGGAGAAACAAAUCAAUUCCAACGUGGCUGGAGGGACUUCGAAGCCAAUCCACUGGGCUUCCCUAAAGGCCUGAAAGCAGCAGUCGACAAGAUCAGAGAGACCCACCCAAAGAUCCGUGAUAUUGCUGUCUGGCACGCGCUCAUGGGUUAUUGGGGCUGUGUCUCUGCAGACGGCAAGAUUGCACAAACGUACAAGACGCAGGAGGUCACAUUCCGAGAAGGAACUCCCAUGGCCGGCCGCAAAUUGGUGGUCCACCCAGACGACAUCCACCGCAUGUACGACGACUUUUAUCGUUUCCUGUCGAACGCAGGCGUCACCGGCGUCAAAACAGACGUCCAGUUCGCACUCGACCUCCUCAACGACACACCAGACCGACGAUCCUUUACGAAUACCUACCAGUCGGCGUGGACGCAGGCACACCUACGCCACCUCUCUGGAAAAGCCAUCUCGUGCAUGUCUAUGCUGCCACAGAUCCUCUUUCACAGCUUUCUGCCGACCACAACUCCCCGAAUUCUGCUCCGCAACAGCGACGAUUUCUUUCCAAACGUGCCCACGUCGCAUGCGUGGCAUAUCUUCGUCAACGCCCACAACGCGCUUUUCACCCAGCAUCUCAAUAUUCUUCCGGACUGGGACAUGUUCCAAUCCAGUCAUCCUUAUAGUGGCUUCCAUGCCGCUGCACGUUGCGUCUCUGGCGGACCAAUCUACAUCACAGACACGCCCGGCGAGCACGACGUCGGGCUCAUCCAGCAAAUGACGGCGCUGAGUCCGAGGGGACAGACGAUUAUCCUGCGACCCAGCUGUGUUGGCAAGACCAUGGGUGUCUACGACAAGUACGACGAAAAGAGCGUGCUCAAGGUCGGCGCCUACGACGGCAAAUCAGACGUGGGAUCUUCCUUCCUGGGCGUCUUCAACAUCGCCGAAUCAGAAACCAGCUUCAUCCUGCCCAUCACGAAAUUCCCGGGCGUCAAUGCUCCUGCCUCUUCCACCGGCAAUACAGAGGUCUCCGAAAACAAGUGGAUCGUCCGCUCGCACAUUUCUAACCGGAUCACGUCACCAAUCCGCCCCUCUGAUCCCAUCAAACCCGACAAUCUGCUCCAGUGCACGCUGCCCAUCCGUGGCUACGAUGUCUGGACCGCUCUGCCCGUGCACACCUUCCGCCUGCCCGCAUCGGACUCCGACCUCGGCGUCUCUGUGCUCGGCCUUCUGGGCCCAUUCACAGGUGCCGCUGCGAUUGUGGAGUCGAAUUUCAACCUCGACAAAGUCACGUCCGAGGCGGUUCCACAUCGCCUGAAAAUCCACGUCCAGCUCAAGGCGUUCGGACUGCUGGGUAUCUGGCUCUCGGACGUUCAAUCCCGGCAGCGCAAGGUCGAGGACAUGAUGGUCAUCAUCCAAGGACGAGCCGUGCCACAGCACGUGGUCAGCUUCGAGACAGAGCAUUGUCCUGCAGAGAGCGGAGUUCUCGUCAUCGACGUCGGCAAAGCCUGGGAGGAGAUGGAGCUAGAGUCGGGCUGGAGCAACGAGGUCGGGGUAGACCUCUUCUUGCAUUGA